AUGGCUGCCGUCUCCUUGCCCUCAUUCGUCAAAUAUCUGCGCGCGUUCAAUGCCCGCGACUACGACACGCAACACGCAUUCUACGCCGACGAUAUCACCCUCAACCUUCCCUAUGUCGAGCCCCUCGUGGGCAAAGACGCCAUCACGGCGCAGUACGCCCAGAUCCACCCCAUCGCCGACGAGGCGGUCAUUCCCAUGGACAUUGUCUACAAUGGGCGCACCUUCAUUGUGCCCAAGCGGACCAUCUUCCGGCUCCGCCAGGACGUCCCCGAGCUCAUGGGGCUGAAGGAUCUGAAACGGGGCGACGUCAUCGUGUAUACGGCCUAUCUGCAGUACUACUUCAACAAGGAAGGGAAGAUCCGGCAGAUUGACCUGACGACGCUCUCGGAUGAGCGCCAGCUCGGGCCCAGGCUGCUUCUCAGGGGCACGGACUUUGUGGAGGUCGUCGACGGGUAUCAAAAAGCGGCGGCGGAGGACUUUGGCGUCUGGGAUACCGCUGCCAUGAAGGGGACAGCUUGGCUGGACUGA